AUGUGUUCCCGGGCCACCGGUCUCCGUCGCGCGCGCGAGGGCGUCAUGAACCCGAUGAAGGCCGCGCCGGGGCUGGUCCCCGGGGGUUCCGGCGCUGCCGUUGGUGUCGGUCUCGGUUUAUCAGUAGAGGUCCUGGAAGAGGACGAAGACGCGGAGGCGGACGGCAACUGGGCGAAGACGAAGACCUCGGCUGGACCGGGACCGGCGCUCGACCGCGUCGAGGACGCCGGCGUGGUGGGGGAGGGCCUGAUCAACCCGAUGAUCCUGCCUGCGUCGACGGUGGGCACCGGCUGGUCCGGCAUUCGGUCUCGACAUCGGCCUCAGUACCUCAAGAUCCAGCAACCCAAGAUUCAGCAUAGACGUGGUUCGGUGGUGCCGGGGGAGGACACUCAGUACCUCAACGCCUCAACGCGCUGGUCGCUCCUCGUGUAUUUUAUCUGCUCGCCCCCUGACCGCCUCCAGCACCUCAACAAUUCGACAUCCGACAUCCGACAUCGGGGGGCGUCAGCCUCCGUAGAGGCUCCUGGAGGGGAGGAAGACGCGGAUGCCGACGACUGGACGAAUACUUCCGCGGAACCGGGACGGGGAACGGCGCACGACUGCGCUGGGGACGUCGGCGAGGCUGGGGGAGGAUCGCCCUCCAUCCUCAACGCCCGGCGCUCAAGGCCUCAAAGCCUCAACAUCGGACAUCGGACAUUGUGGGCUGUCAGUCCUUCCCGGAGGUCCUUGAAGUGGAGGAAGACGCAGAGGCGACGACACAUGGGCGAAGACCUCGGACUUGGAACGGCGCACGACCGUGCUGUGGACGCCGGCGCGACUGGCGGAGGGUCUGAUCAGCCCGAUGACCCUGGUCGCCCCGGCGAUGGUACAGUAUGGAGUGGUGGUGUGGUGGGGUUGCGGCGGUCCUUGAAUAGCAAGACGCGGAGGCCGGCAACCGGCACUCAGCACCUCAAGACCUCAAAAUCAAGCAUAGACGCGGUUUCGUGGUGCUGGGGGAGGGGCGUGGCUCGGUGGGUGUACGGGGGACACCCGCAUUCAGCACCUAGCACUCAGCACUCAUCCCUAGACCUCAACGCUCGGCACCUGUGGUCCUCAAAAUCGGACGCUGUGGGCCGUCGGUUCCCCGUUCUCCAGGGGAUGUUCUUGAGAGGAGGAAGACGCGGUGGCCUGGACGAAGACCUCGGCCUGGAACGGCGCACGACCGCGCUGUGGGCGUCGGGCGUGGCUGGGAGAGGGCCUGAUCACCCGAUGACCCUGGCCCCCGGCGAUGGUACAGUAGGGCGGGGGUGUGCACUGUGGCAGGUUGUUGGUGCGGUGAAGCGGGAGGUGUUUUGGGGUUUUCGUGGAUGA